UGAAGAUGAAGAUUCUCUUCCUCACAAUUAUCACAGUUGCUAAGUAUACGCUGCUACAUACUCAUACACAUGAAGAUCAAACUUAUUUUAUCGUACAAGGCUUUCACACCAGUUGUGAGGACGAGCUGGCACCAAAAAGCGGAAUCAAACUCAACACGAUGUCCAUGCACCCUGGUCGUCCCGCUCCAUCAGUGGCCGAUGAAGCGGCGCAAGAGUACCACAGGGCAGAGUACAGGAGACUCGAAGAUGCGGCCGUUGCAAAUAUCGAACCCAGAAACUAUCGCACUCUCAACGCUCGCGCGGUUCAGGCAGCGUGUGUGUCUUUCGAGAAAAAACAAAAAGACCGGGGGAGCAGCAAUAGCUCACCCGUGGUCCUCCACGUGCCUGUGGAACUUCAGCUCAAAAUUUUCAGCUUUUUGCGAGACACGGAGCCGACGCGGAGCGAGAAGCUGGAUGCAAGCGGGGCCGUCUCGCGCCUCACCGAGGCCGCGAAGCGAGCUCUCCCUUUCGCCAUUCGUUAUUGGGACGCGAAGGCAAAGACAAUGCGCCAUCAUUAUUUAGUACCCUGCGAAGUCAAAAGACAAGAGUUGGCGCAUGAGGUGAAUUAUUUUUUUGCGUACACGGUGCCGCAGGCGAGAAGAACGAUAGAAAAACUAACGCUUCCGAUCGGAACAGCGUUUCCUGGCACGAAAGAGCCGGAUGUAUUCGGCCGGUCGCACGCCCUCGAGUUUUCGUUUGCGGUUUUGAACGAUCGUGGUGAGAGCAUUGGUGGCCGUUCGCUCCACGCCCAUCUCGAUGACGUCGAGCGGGUGUCUGGAUUAGACCCCCCCGAGCACAGGUACAGUGAGUUCGUACUGACGCGGUCCGAUCGGGUCCUCUACCGUGAAGACAGCCACCUGUACAAGGAUGAUCGAAGCCAAAGGGAAGCACUGGCCACAGCAGGCGUUGCCGCCGCGGCCAUCCACUUAAAAUGCGUACAAUUUUCAAACCUUUCAAGCGCCCGGGCCGACGUCUGGGUCAUGGGCGCCGUUACCGGAGUAUUUGCACACACGAAUGCCAGUCAGCAUAACGCUGAGGAGUUUCUGCAAGUGUGUGACAGCCACGCGAAGAAUUCCGCGGCCGCUUUCGAGGUACGAAAGGCCAGGGUCGUUGUUAGCGUUCGCAGGGACAGCGACGAGGUGGUGCGUUUUGAAUCUGCCAUGGCACUGGCGCGGCUUUUGAAUGUUCCAGAAGGAGAAAAUCAAAGUGAUAACGGAAGCGAUAGCGAGGAAGAGAACGACACCGAGGAGGAGAACGACAACGCAGGCGAGAGAAGUGAUUCUGGUGAUGCGAACGAGCAGUACUAACCAAGAAGAGCAAGAUGAUUAGAGAUGAUGAAUUUUGACGCUUCAACAUCAAUGCAAAUGCUCGGUUACAAGGUGGUUGCUCUGCUGCCGUUUGAUGACUUCUUGGAAUACUACGUGUAGAACGUGGCAACGCCAUUGCAAACAAGUGUCUACAGGUGGCGGGCCGCCUAUUCGUGUUCGUCUGGUGCGAUGUUGUGCCUUGCAGAUGCAGAUAGCUCCCCUCGAAGGAGAGAGCUGGUUGCCUUCUUUCUAUGUGCAGGAAGAUACAUGAAGGUGCGGAUUGAGG